AUCUAACACUUUAGUGGACCCAGUUUAUUUUUUUAAAAUCAACAGAGAGCCUUCACAAUAGAAUGAAUGGCAAGAGACUGUAGUCCCAUCUAGACAUGCUUUGAUAGCUCUGUACAAUCAGGCAGCCUGUAGCCAUGGAACGUUGGGUAAUAUUGAUGAAAUACCUGACUUUAGCAUGAUGGUAACAAUGCCUGGAUUGCACUAGCAGUUCUUUUUCUUAUGCUACUUGCUUCUUGGAGUUGGUCUUUAAGGUUUAAUGUGUAGUAGGAUGUAAGAUGUCCUGUGAUUGCAACUGGAUGAAUUUAGUAAAAUGAAAAAUAAACUUUACUGUUUUUACAAAACGAAAAGGGAAGAUCCUGGAGCCUUCCAACAUUCUUUAGUUCAUUCCUAAUAAGGAAAGUUUGUACAGUGUCAGUCUGUCUAAGAGGCACAGAGUCCCAUGUACGGCUUUCUCCCUUUUUGCUUCACUUUUUAGUUCUAAUCAGCUUUUAAGCCUUGAAAAGUCCAGUGUUAAGUGGCAGCGGUAGACUUUUCUCAGCACUGAAACUUUAAUUUCUUGGUUCUCAUAAGAAGGCGAGCUGAACGGAGGAAGUGAACUGCAGAUCUGUAACCAUCCCGUUAGUGAAUCUAGCCUCUCUGAAAAACAAGACUCUGUCGUGGGAUUUACAGCAGCUCCAGAUGUUUUUUUCCCUCCUCGCAGCGGACUGAGAUAUUUUUCUUUCUGUCUUUGCUGUCUGAGUCUAUUUUCGUGGUUUAUGUUAAUGUUCCUAUUUGAAAGAAAGGAAGCAAACGUGCACUUGAUGGGGUGAUUUUACAUGGAACAGCAUGUCUGGGCGCACCGUCCGUCUGAAAUCAGUUCCCAUACAGAGUCUUUCUGAACUGGAGCGUACACGGCUGCAGGAAGUUGCAUUUUAUCGUCUACAGCAAGAUUUUGACUUAAGCUGUCAGAUCACUAUUCCCAAAGAUGGACAGAAGAGGAAAAAAUCUUUAAGAAAGAAACUGGAUUCUCUGGGGAAGGAGAAAAACAAAGAUAAAGAAUUCUUGCCACAGGCAUUUGGAAUGACAUUAUCACAAGUAAUAGCCAAUGAUAGGGCUCACAAGUUAAAGCAAGAUUCUCACAAAGAUGAGCAGAAAGAGGUGUCUGACUUUGUUACGUCCAUCCUGCCAUUUGGAUCAAGGCGGCAGAAUAAAGAACUCUCUAGUAGUAAUUCAUCUCUUAGCUCUACUUCAGAAACACCAAAUGAAUCCACAUCUCCGAAUACACCAGAGGCUGCACCUCGGGCACGCAGAAGGGGUGCAAUGUCUGUGGACUCAAUUACAGAUCUUGAUGACAAUCAGUCUCGACUAUUAGAGGCUUUACAGUUGUCUUUGCCAGCCGAGGCUCAAAAUAAGAAAGAAAAAGAAAGGGAUAAAAAGCUCAGUCUGAACCCUAUCUACCGACAAGUUCCCAGGCUUGUGGACAGCUGCUGUCAACAUUUGGAAAAGAAUGGUCUACAAACAGUGGGGAUAUUUAGAGUCGGAAGUUCGAAAAAGAGAGUACGACAGUUACGUGAAGAGUUUGAUCGUGGAGUUGAUGUUGUCUUAGAAGAAGAACACAGUGUCCAUGAUAUUGCUGCCUUAUUAAAAGAAUUUCUCAGAGAUAUGCCUGACCCUCUAUUGACCAGAGAACUUUACACUCCUUUUAUACACACUAUAAUGUUAGAUCCUGAAGAUCAACUUGCCACUUUACAGCUUCUCAUUUACUUGCUACCUCCUUGCAACUGUGACACUCUGCAUAGAUUGUUGCAAUUCCUAUCGACUGUGGCUGGCCACGCGGAAGAUGCAGUUGAUAAAGAUGGUCAAGAGAUUACUGGGAACAAAAUGACUUCAUUAAACCUGGCAACAAUAUUUGGGCCUAAUUUGUUGCACAAGCAGAAGUCGUCUGACAAGGAGUUUACAGUUCAGAGUACUGCCAGGGCUGAAGAAAGUACAACAAUUAUCUCUGUGGUACAGAAAAUGAUUGAAAAUUACGAAAGCCUUUUUAUGGUCCCUCCUGAUUUACAGAAUGAAGUUCUUAUUAGCCUGCUAGAAACUGACCCUGAUGUAGUAGACUAUUUACUAAGGAGAAAGGCUUCUCAGUCCUCAAGCCCCGAAUUGGUAAGAUCAGAAGGCUCUUUCUCCAUUGAAGGAAGACACUCCUCUACAGACUCAAAUAAAGCCUCCAGUGGUGAUGUUUCCCCAUAUGACAAUAAUUCACCAAUAUUAUCUGAACGCUCAGUUACCGCAAGACAAGAAAAUAACUCUGAGAAGGUCCUCAAGGCUGCAGAACAUCAAACAUUGGUUAGCCAUUUACUAUCCAAGACAAAGGAAACUGCUCCAGCGCAGUGGUGUUCAAACGAAUCUGCACAGGAGCACUUCGACAUAUGGGGUACAUGGCAUUCCACACUAAAAACCGCAUGUAAAGACCAAGGAAUGACAGGUUCAUAUGGGAAUAUCUAUGAAAGUAGUUCCUUGCACCAAGGACCGUUUUCUCUUUCCCAGGGUAAUCUGGCACAAAACUGGCCUUUGUGUAAAAAUUCAUCUGCUGAAGUGGACAAUGGCAAGCCAAACAUACGAAGGACACACACAUCAACUACCAUUCCAGAGUUUAGACUUCACAAUUCAGUGACACGUAUUUGCAGUACUCCACAAACAGAUUCAGCUAGACGAAAUCUCGAACACAAGACAAGAUGUGAGCAACACUUGGCCUCAAAUAGUACAGAAGAUGUAACGGUGGACAGUGCAAAAGUAACAUGCCCUCCAAACAGGCCACCUCCUCUGAACUUGUGGCAUUCUGACAUCAAUAGAAAUGAAGCAAGGCUCCCUCCACCCUAUCCUGGUUCAACAAAACAAGCUGCAACCCAGCCUCACCGAUCCCCAGUGUAUUCAGCAGAGCAACCAGUAUUAAGGCCACCAAGGUCUGAAACAGUUGUUGGGGCAUCUUUAGGAAGGACUCCAUCUAGUGAACAAACUUUUCAGACUAGACACACUUCUCUAAAAACCCCAGCCAACAGCCAAAACAGUAAAAACUUGACAGAUCCUGAUUGGCAGGAGUGGCAAAGAGAAAGAUGGCAGAUAUGGGAACUUCUGUCAGCCGAUAACACAGACACCUUACCCGAAACACUAGUAUGAUGCUUCUGCUAUGACAUAGACAUUUCACUGCCAGAGGACUAAAACAAACGAUGGAAUAGUUUUAAAAAAUUGUGAUUUUUUUUUCACAUUUUUAUCUGACUUCUUUCUUAAAAUGAAUAUUUUGAUAAUGUUGCCAAUUGUCCAAAGCUUUUUUAUUAUUUGGUUAUGGUGUACCUUUCAUGGCUUCUUUACAAUUCUGGCAAUUCCCAACAUAUUAUUUUUUAAUAUGCCCACAGACCAUGACGUAUUUCAGCUUACAGUGGCAGCUUGGGCUGUGUUGAGCAGUUGGCCUGUUAGGUUAGUAGGAAACCUUAAAUGCUGGUCUGGUUUUGCCUAUAAAUAUUCUCGAUUGCCACUGAAUAGGGUGACAUCGUGUGUUACAAAUAUGGUAUUUGAAAGGUUCGCUCUUGUAUAGAAGAAUAUUUCUUUUGAAAGGGUGCAGUGGCAUUAAAGGAUAUGUAAAGGAAUUUUUUUUUUUAAAUAACAAACAGGUUAUACUUACCUCCACUGUG